UCCUUGCGAUGUUGGAACUCAUUUGGUCUCCCAUAACCAAGUCUUCGGCUUUCUCAUCUCUGCAGCUCCUCAAAGCCCCAAUUUGUCUCGCCAAACGAAAACCCUCGCAAAAUCUCUGCAACCCCUUUGCCCUUGGCAGCUUGAGACGAAAAUGGUGAACAAAAACCCAGAACUCCUCCCAAAGGUAGAGCACCCCGAACUGCUCCCAAAAGUAGAGCCAACACUCCCAAAAGACGCAAACAAGAAGAAGAGGAAGAAGAACCCGCAGAAACCAAUCUUAAUCUAUGUUGAUGCUGAUGGAAAUCCCAUUAUUGAUGGCCAAAAAUCUAUUUUAAUAAAGCAAGCUCUACCGAAUUCAGAAAUAAAGGCAAAUCCAGAGCCAGUGCCAAUACUCACAGCAGUCCAAAGCAAGAAGAGGAAGAGAAAGAAGAGCAAAACUACAGUCCCUGUUGAUGCGGCAAAGAAAGUUAAAGUUGAUGCGGAGCCAGAGCCAAUACUCACAGCAGUCAAAAGCAAGAAGAGGAAGAGGAAGAAGAGCAGAAACACAGUCCCUGUUGAUGCGGAGCCAGAGCCAAUACUCACAGCAGUCAAAAGCAAGAAGAGCAAAACCACAGUCCCUGUUGAUGCGGCAAACCAAGUUGAUGUUGCAGCCCAAGUUGGUGUGGCGGGACAAGAAGAUGCGGCAAAGAAAGUUAAAGUGGAUGCGGAGCCAGAGCCAAUACUCACAGCAGUCAAAAGAAAGAAGAAGAAGAAAAAGAAAAGCAAAACCAGAGUCCCUGUUGAUGCGCCAGCGCCAGUAAAAAGCAAGAAGAGCAAAACCAAAGCAUUCAAAAGCAAGAAGAGCAAAACCAAAGCAGUAAAAUUCAAGAAGAGCAAAACCAAAGCAGUCAAAAGCAAGAAGAGCAAAACCACAGAGGCAAAGAAAAUUGAUGUUGAAGGGCCAAAAUAUGUUGAAAUAUGUGUGAUAUGCCGGAAAAAAGGGCAUCUCAUCCCAACUUGCCCUCAGCUGAACGAAAAGAUUGUUCCCAACCUGAACCACAAUACUGAACAGAAAAAGGAAUCCAGGAAGAAGGGUUCUGCGCGCCCCCAGCCUCCUCAAGAUGUGAAAAUGAGGAAAGGCCAAGAUGACAGGUUACUUGUGACUGGUUGCGCUCUUCAGGUUGAUCCGAUGGCAGAUGAGACGUAUGGUGGUAAAGAAGACGAGUCCACUGUGAAACUGAAAGAGGGCCAAGAGGACAGGUUACUUGUGACUGGUUGCGCUCUUCAGGUUGAUCCCAUGGCAGAUGAGACAUAUGAUGGUAAAGAAGACGAGUCCACUCUGAAACUGAAAGAAGGACAAGAGGACAGGUUACUUGUGACUGGUUGCACGCUUCAGGUUGAUUCCAUGGCAGAUGGGACAUAUGGUGGUAAAGAAGACGAGUCCACUGUGAAAGUUUCACAAGAAAGUCAUGUAAAAUCAGAUAAAAAAACAGGAUCCUGAAGUAGCGAAUUCUGGUGCAUGAUGAUUUUUGUAAGAUGAAAUUCAUGGGAUUUCUUGUAAUUCCUUUUUGUUUAUGAUCGCAGUUGUCCGACAUGUCUUUGCUGUAUUGUGAACUUUUUCCCUGGAGUAGCUCUGACCAUUUACAUUACAUGGGUCUGAAAUUGUCAACCAUCCAGGUUCUUUUUCAUUGGAUACGUCCUCCUUGCGUGUUCUCUCCCGUAAUGCAAUUUCCAUAGUUAUUUAUUGUA